AAAUCCCUGUUUCUGUUACUUCCGUGUUUAGCGUUCUAGACAAUUUUCGUUUCGGAACAGCAACAUGGCGCAGCUGAAAACAAAACGUUCCUGUAAACUGUUAUGUCAAACAAAUUCACCUUCAUGUAAAUUAUCAUGUAGUCAGCUUUUCCAACCCCUCCUCUCAAUAAUAUUAGUUAGCUCCAUCGCAAGUUCUGCUGUAGCAGAAACAGAGACAGGCGUCCUGACAAUAACAGAUGCUAACUGGACGGUCACUAUGGAUGGCGAGUGGAUGAUAAAGUUUGUUGCUCCCUGGUGCCCGGCAUGUGCCCAGCUGAAGGAGCAGUGGGAGAGAUUCUCCAGCCUGGCAGCAGCCAUGGGGGUUUCUGUAGGAGAAGUGGACGUCACUGAACAGCCUGGUCUCAGUGGACGGUUUUUGGUUACCACACUGCCAACCAUUUUCCAUGUAAAGGAGGGUAGCGUGAGGAGGUAUGUGUCUGUCCGUGAGGCGGAGGAGUUCCAUGCAUAUGUCUCUAACAGGAGGUGGGAGGAGGUGGAACCACUGCCUUCAUGGAAGUCUCCUACUUCUCCUCUGAUGAGCUGCAUGGCCGGACUCUUCAGGCUUUCACUGUGGAUCCGGUGGACUCAUGGGUAUCUGACGGUGGAUUUGGGCAUGCCGGUGUGGGGCUCCUACCUCUCCUUUGCCAUGGCAACACUUGUCACUGGGCUGCUGAUGGGACUGGUGCUGGUCCUGGUUGCAGAUUGCCUCUGUCCUUCCCGACAGAAGCGGAAAGAGGAGAGAGCAGUGUGUGUGAGUAUGGCGGAGAAGAGGCAAGCGUCGGAGGCAGAUGAGGGUGAGGGGUCUAACGAGGAGGAGCCAGAGACACUGAGACAGAGGAGAGGACAGGCAAAACGUACCUCCUAACCAGUGGUUGGAACCUAAAUUAUUUUCCAAUCAUAUCGUUCUGAACAGAACCAUAAUUUUUUUCGUUACAUUCCACUGUUUUCCGACCAGCAAAAUAAAGUUCUGAACCAGUUCGAACCAAAUAAAAGUAACAGUUUAUAUUGUUCCUUUUUAAACCUAUGAAAUUGUAAAAAAAUAAAUAAACAUUAAAUUACUUCACCAAUCAUGCAGUGCAGAUAGAGCAGCUUAAUAUGGAGCAGGCAAGCUAUAGCUCAGUGAGUUGUUUACAUGCAGCUGAAAUUUUGCGGGUGGAGGAGGAAGCUUGGCUUAAAGCGCUGGGCAUCUUGUUAUGACAUGCAUUAUCUGAAUUAGGCCCACAGAAUUAUACCUACGGAGGAGCGGCUUCUUUGGAGGAACUUUGAAUGUCUUUGAACUUCAGAGAUGUCUUAACAUUGAACCAGAACUAGCUAUAGCUAGCUAAUGAGCUUGUGUGUGCAGAGCGGCACCAGAAUUAAAAAUACAUCUUACCUUUUUGUAGUU